UAGAAGCAAAGUUGAUGAAGUUGAAUCUGGCGCCACCACCACUCACUCACUCUCACUCGCUAACAAACCAAAAGAUGUGGAACCUCUGCGCUGUUAUUCCCAAUGCUUCUUCAACCUUCACAUUCAGCGUUCAACCUCAUCCAUUUAUCAACUUCGUCAAUAGAAGGAGAAGACCUCGCUGCAGGGUUACCAUGUCCUCCGAUCCUCAAAACGCCGUCGUUGUGGGAUGUGGAGGGGUGUCUGUCGAUUUCUUGGCAAGCGUGGCCGCUUAUCCUAAGCCAGAUGACAAAAUCAGAACCACAAAUUUGAAGGUUCAAGGAGGUGGCAAUGCUGGUAAUGCCUUAACCUGCCUUGCUCGUUUGGGCCUAAACGCAAGGCUUAUUUCCAAGGUUGCUGAUGACAGUCAAGGCAGGGGUAUAUUAGACGAGCUGCGAGCUGAUGGUGUAGAUACAUCCUUUAUAGUGGUGUCUAAGGAGGGAACAUCACCAUUUACAUAUAUUAUUGUCGACACCCAAACGAAGACCCGUACUUGUAUACAUACCCCAGGAUAUCCUCCAAUGAUACCAGACAACCUGCCAAAAUCAAGUUUGUUAUCUGCAUUGGAUGGAGCAAAAAUUGCUUAUUUUGAUGGCAGGUUGCCUGACACUGCUCUACUUGUUGCCCAAGAGGCAGUGAAAAAGAAUAUACCCAUCUUAAUUGAUGCAGAAAGGCCAAGGGAAGGGUUGGACGAUCUCCUAAAACUAGCUGAUUAUGUUGUAUGCUCAGCAAAGUUUCCAAAGGCAUGGACAGAGGCAUCCACUCUUCCACAAGCACUUGUUUCUAUGCUUUUAAUGUUGCCCAACAUAAAAUUUGUGAUUGUAACUUUGGGAAAAGAUGGAUGCAUAAUGCUGGAGAGAACGGCUGAUAGUCCUUCUGCAGAAGAAGUGGAUGCUGACACCUUAUUGGAAUCAUUGGAGUUAAAAAGGAAUAAGAGUGUAUCCACCCCAACCUGCAUACAAUCAUCAGUGGCAAAAUUGAAGGCAGAGGGGAUAGGAACAGUUAGUGGGAAGUUAUAUGUUGGAACAGCCGAGAGUAUUCCACCAUCAGAGCUUGUUGAUACCACUGGUGCUGGGGAUGCUUUUAUUGGGGCUGUAAUCUAUGCUAUCUGUGCCAAGUUUACUCCAGAGACAAUGCUAUCCUUUGCUGCUAGUGUGGUAUGCGAUCUUAUACUCAAUUAUCAUUGCACGCGCACACACAAAUACAAUGUGCUAUAUGCAUGGCUUAUUUUGUACUUCAAUUGGGACAAUGCAAAUGGAGUGAAUCUAUUGAACUAAAGUAUAUAUUUUAUUAUUCGAUUGGAUAAUUUUUUGCCCACUAAUGACUCUAAACUGAACCCUUCGCAUUGAGGGAAUGGGUCAGGUUCGAGAGCUUAUUCAUUUUAUUGCCACUUCAGGCAGGUGCCAAGUGCAGGGAUCUAGGAGCACGGAGUGGUCUUCCUUAUCGUGCAGAUCCACACUUUCAAUCCUUUAUAUUGGAGAAUUUGAGUACUUCAUCUUAACAUGUAAUAAUAGGUACCUGUAUUCUGUUUCCAAAGCUAGGUUUUCCGUUAGUUAGUUAUGCAACAGUUUCAAGUAUAAAUAGCUUGUAAUCUUCCAUUUCAGAUGAGAUGUCUUCAUUGGGAUAUUCGACUUAGUUGUUCAGUGGAGCUAAUGAUCAUGGCAUUUAAACUUUUUGCCUUCUA